UUCAGGAAAAUCUUUGUCUCUUUUUUUUUUUUUGGUUUCUUUACACAGACGCGUCACUUUCAUGGAGGACAGAGAUGGUAGAGCUCAAUACAAGAAUUUGAAUGUCGUGAAAGUUUGCAGUGAACGUGACGCUAUGAAACUGUUGUAUAUGGGAGAUACCAGAAGGACAACUGCUGAAACUAGUUUGAACAAGUGUUCUUCCAGAUCUCACUGCGUCUUCACGUUUUACAUACAUUUCUUUGAUGAUGCAGGAAAUACGUUGAUUCAAUCUAAAUUGAAUAUUGUCGAUUUGGCUGGUUCAGAAAGAUUGAGUAAACUAUCUUUGAACGGCGUGAACUUGAGCGAGGCCAAAUACAUAAAUCUGUCUUUGCAUUACUUGGAACAAGUAAUUUCGGCCUUGACUGAAACCAACAGAGCUCACGUUCCAUUCAGAAACAGCCUUCUCACAUUCAUGCUGCGCGAUUCCCUUUCAAACAAUGGAGCUACCACGAUGUUGGCAACAUUGAGCGUAUCUCAAAUAAACUACGAGGAAACUAUGGCCACUUGCAAAUUCGCCCAAAGAGUGGCUAAAGUCAACAUCGAAAGUUCGAGCAACGCAGAAUGCAAUUCGAUCCAAGAAAUCGCUUAUUUGAAGAGCGAAAUCCAAGAUUUACGUGAUAAAUUGCAGAUGAGGAAUCAUGUAAUGGAAUCAAAGUUAAGUAAAUUUGAGGAAGACAAGUGUAGAGGCGAAGUUGAAGAUUUCUUGAACGGAAUUGCCGAUUUGGAAUGUGACGAUUUUCGUAAGAUAAAAGCGUAUUUCGAUAUCUUUAAAACUCGCAUCAACGAUAACUGUGAUGUAGACAAGUAUCAAACGAUUAUUAAGCAAAAGGAUGAAGAAAUUCAAAUUUUAUCAAAAAUUGUUGAUAAAAACGUUUAUCAUGGAAACAGAAUAACUAUUGACACUCCCUGCGCUCUUAACAAAGAUUUUAAGAAAUUGGAAUUUUCUAAACCUAAUUUGAACGAUAAUCUUAAAGUGGCCAAAAAGUAUUCGUCGCAACUGCGCGAACUUCAAUUGAAAAUAAUCGAUGUUCGAGCACAGAUCGAAGCUAAUUCGAAUAAUUUCGUGAAAGUUAACAAAUUGGAGACUGCUUUGAAACAUGCUCAAGUGGAAUAUCGCGGUUUGUUGGGUAAAAUUGAGAGUAUCAAAGAGGAAGUAGAAAAUACGCCUUUGAGUGUAAAAAGGACUAAAGUUAGGUUCGAGUCUAAAUUGAAGAAUGAGCAGAUUGGAUUGUCGUAUGCGAAACAAUGUAAUUUGAAUAAUGUGUUGAUGGAAGCUAAAGCUUCGAAUGUUAGAAGAGUUGAUGGGUCUAUAAAGAAUCAAUUGGUGCGGAAAUUGAAUGAAGAUGUUAAAGCUAAUGAAGUUGUUAAGAAUGAUGAGUUAAAUUCUGAUGUUGUGGUUCAACCUAAUUUGAAGCAAAAUUUUGAUAAAGCUGAAACAAUUUUUGGGCAAGAAGAUGAUAAAGGUUUCAAGGACUUUUUGAAAUCUGUACCUUUGACUGGCGACGCUGAAAUCGACGAGGAAAUCAUCAAAUUCUAUAAACUAAAGUUUAAGACGUAA